UAUCAGAACCGCUAGCCAGCAGAAUACUCUUAACCCGCACUGUCACUGAGGCGAUUUCGAGGUCUUUGGCCUAGGGGUUGCUAUAUAAUGGGUGAUUUUGCAAUUCAUAUAAGUGCAAACCUUGUCAAUCGACUUGCUGAGGAUGGUCAGAAUUUGAAGAAAAAAACAAAGAAAUCUAAAACUAAGACGUUACGAGUACCUGAACAGUCUCAGACUAAGGUAAAUCAGAAGCAAAUAUCAGAUGACUCUAAAACACACCAAGGGAUUGUGGCUCCUGGAUGGCCGCUUCAGCCUCCAUUAUUCAUGCCAGGAAACCAAUCUGUGCAGUAUGCAGAGUUAGAUGCUAUCAGAUCUGUUCUUCAAGAGAGUGAGAAGGUUUUGGAAAAGUUACACAAGCAAGAAGAGAACGUGGUGCAGGAAGUAACAGAAAGAGCUAAAAAUCUCCAUGAUCAGGAAUUUAAGCUUCCUUACCAGAAACCUUUACCCUGUUUGGCAGAGAAAGAUGCUUGUGAGUCUUGUUACAGGGACUUUGUUAAGGAUCCCCUGAAGUGUAGCCAGUUGCUUAGAAGUUAUGCAGAUUGUUCUCGCAAAGCUAGGCAGCAAGUGAGUGCCGCAGAUAAGUAGACUUGUCGAAAAUUUCCAAGUCAUUUAUGUGUGCGCAAGCUACUUGUCAUUUUGAGCAACACUGGGAUUUUUGCUGUGAAGUAAACAAAACACUAAUUUGUUGUCACCAUUAUUGGAUUGCAUGCUUUGUUUUCAUGCUUUCAUUAUAAUUUUUGCUUCUCUCCAUGUCUGAGCUGUUACUAAUGAAACUCUUAAAGUUUGUAAUUCAUCUUCUCUUUUUUGAUGCCAAACUUGUUACUUUAACAUAUAGAUCUUAUUUAAUUAAAAAUGUAAGCUCUGUUACUGUCUUACUAGUUCUGAAUCACUUUGGUCAGGUGGUACUUUUUGUGGGUGAAUGAAAGUUUGUUAAUUA